AUGGCAACCAAAUUCGUGGAUAUCGAGAAGGUCAGCCAAAUAGCUUUUGAAUUAACGUCAAACUUUACCACUACCCCCACCGACGACCAAAUAAUGUACAAAGCACGCGUCACCGUCGAUCGAGCUCUGACACUCCAUCCAACCCGCCAAGAUGGAGGUGAGAUCAUGAAGGCCAUCAAGUCACUUCAUGGUCACUUUUAUUCGUUGUGGACUAUCAACGAGAGGGAAGAUGUAAAGCUGUUACUGAGGGUGAAGCUGCUUGCUUGUAUGAUGGCAGUCAUGCGUGAGGACUAUCUUGAAGAUGGACUGCCUUCUUUGUGUUAA